UAGAGGGCAGAACCGGAAGCAAAGAGAUGCUCCUCACUCUGCACAUCCUGUCAGUGAAGAAGAAAGUGAGGCUGCACGUGUUUACAGACCCCAAGACGAAUAUACUUUGAAUAACUGUUUAACAUUUGGAUUUGUGGAUCUCUAACUGGAAUACAACUAAUUAAAAAUGCCGAAAGUCAAGCCGGAGAGGAGGAGCAGGCAGCACCAAGAGGUGAAAAACCAAGGGAUUAUGUUUAACACCGGCAUCGGUCAGCACAUCCUGAAGAAUCCACUGGUUGUCAAUGGGAUAAUUGAGAAGGCUGCCCUGAGGCCGACGGAUGUGGUUCUGGAGGUGGGACCUGGUACUGGUAACAUGACCGUGAAGCUGCUGGAAAAAGCCAAGAAGGUGGUGGCCUGUGAGUUGGACGGCAGAUUAGUGGCUGAACUUCAGAAAAGAGUACAGUGCACACCCAUGCAGGCCAAACUUCAAAUAUUAAUCGGAGAUGUGCUAAAAACAGAAUUGCCUUUCUUUGACGUCUGUGUGGCUAAUUUACCUUACCAGAUUUCGUCACCAUUUGUCUUUAAGCUCCUUCUGCAUCGACCUUUCUUCAGGUGUGCCGUGUUGAUGUUCCAGAGAGAGUUUGCCAUGCGACUUGUUGCCCAACCUGGAGACAAGCUGUUCUGCAGGUUGUCCAUCAACACACAGCUACUGGCCCGUGUGGACCAUCUCAUGAAGGUAGGGAAGAAUAAUUUCCGUCCCCCUCCAAAAGUGGAGUCAAGUGUUGUCAGGAUAGAACCGAAGAAUCCUCCUCCUCCAGUCAACUUCCAGGAGUGGGAUGGCCUGGUCAGGAUUGCCUUUGUGAGGAAGAACAAAACCCUCAAUGCAGCUUUUAAGUCCAGUGCGGUUGAACAGCUGCUGGAAAAGAACUACAGGAUUCACUGCUCUGUAAACAAUGUGGAAAUCCCAGCUGACUUCAGCAUCACCAAGAAGGUUGAGAGUGUUUUACAGGGGGUUGAGUUCAGUGAGAAGAGAGCCCGGACCAUGGACAUCGAUGACUUCAUGGUGCUGCUUCAUGCAUUCAACUCAGUAGGGAUCCACUUUACUUAAAUGGCAGAGGGAACUAGUGCUACGACUCAUAUGUCCUGCCUUUAUAACGAGAGGAGUGGAAAGUGCUUUGCUUGGAGGACCUGAACAUCAAGUGCUGAAAUAGUUUGAGGAAAUGUUCAAAGAUUAUUGUAGGAUACUUUUUAAGAGCUCAUAUUGAGUGUGUUAUUCUGCCUUAAUGAGUUGGGCAUGUGUUUGUCAGGUGGAAGCUGUUUGAGCCCUCUUGGUUGUACUAGAGCCUGCCAGUGUGUUAUUCAUUAAUCUGUUAUUAAUACUAAUAUUCUUAAAUCUACAUUUGUUUUGAAAAUAAUUACCUCCUUGUGGAAAAGGUAAAUAUUUAAGGUUUAUGAGUGUCUGCAGUCUAUUACAAAUAAUUUCAGAUUGUCCA